AUGGGGGCUUCGCAAUCUAUGGAACAGUACCUGGACCGCCCCAGCACCGAGACAGGGCUCCGGAGACGCGAGAUGAAGGCACUCAUCGCCUGCUGGGCCGUCAUCGAGCAGGACCUGCGCGACCAGAGCAUCAAGCUGUUCGUCAGGCUGAUGCGGAAGCACCCCGAGUACCGGCGCUAUUUCCGCACGCUGGCGUCCAGCAGCCCGCGCGUGCUGUCCAGCAUCGCGGCCGACGCUCGCGUGCAGACACACUUCCGCAACAUCCUCACGUCUGUCGGCUCGCUCGUCUACACCAGCGUGAACAAGCCCGACAACCUGGUGCCCAAGUACGACUUCCUCGCGCUCGUCCACCGCCACAUCGGCCUCGGCCUGCAGGACUUCUUCAACUUCCGUGACGAACUGAUCGACUACUUCAAGUCCGAGUUCCCGUCCCAGAUGACGCCGCUGUGUGUCGGCGCCUGGCACACGCUGCUCACCCGGGCGUUCACCGAGAUCUGCCUGCGCAUCGACGAAUACCACCGCACUGCUCCGCGCGAGGGCACCCACAAGCGGCAGGCAGAGGAGGACGCCCAAGAUGGCGAAUCCGCCGUCUCCUGCAAGAGGGGUGAAAAUUACAGUCUGGGCUUCUACAAUGUCUAG